UUUGUUUUAAGAAUAAAGGUACAUUUUCUUUCAACAUUAGGAUCCUAUGAUUUUUUGGCAUACUAGUAGCUUUUCACUUUAUCCCUUUGUGAUUUUUGGUAGGGUGAAUUCUUUUUGGGGGAGGGGGCAUGUCUUAGUCAUUCUCAGUGUUUGGCUUAUCUAUAUUUUACAAUUAAUUUAUUAAACUUCCCAAACACUUGAAAAAAAAAAUAAAGGUACAAAUGAGGACAAAAUACACUAUUUUUAACAAUGAAAAUGUUUGUGCCUUUACAAAAUGCAUACAACAUUAAACAUUCCUUUUAAAGACGAUUCAGGACUAUAUUAGAAUGUCACUUUUGUCACUAAUUAAUAUGUUGCAUUAUUAUUAACCAUGAAGCUAUAAAAGAGGUGGAAGACUAAGAAGGCUUGAGCCAGGUAUGAAAGUGACACUCGAACAAGGCCUGAGAGCGAGGGGGCGUGGCUUCAGGUAUGAGUAAACUAGCACAGAAGCAGGGAGCCUACAGCAGCCAGAAACUGAGUAGAGCUGGGGCUGGCAGGGCACCUCAGAGUGUCUCCUUUUUACAAAGCCUGGUUCCGUUCCCAGCAUCACAAACCGCUGAGCUUUGGGCAAGAAUUUAGUCAUACACGUGUCUAGAGCUGUGUGAACCAUGGUUUAAACUUUUCAUCUGUUAAUAAAUUUAGCAAAUAUUUAUUAAAUUUGGGGACAUUUUAUCUAGUCUCUUAGAUUCUUCAAAACAAAAUACUGCAGUAUAAAAAGAAAAAAACAUUCUGCAGGGCCUGGAGAGAUGACUUAGCAGUUAAGAGCACAGAGGACCUGGGUUCAGGACCCAGCACCCACAUUGCAGCUCACAACCAUCUGUAACUCCAAUUCAGGGGAUCUAAUGGCCUCUUCUGGCCUCUGAGGACACUGCAUGCAUGUAAUGCACAGACUGACAUGCAGACAAAAAUCCAGCACAUACAAACUUAAAAAGUAGAAGUAAUAAAAGUCAGUUUAACAUUGCAGAUUUUUUUAAAAAUUUUAUUCAACGUGGCCACAGGGGUCUGAUAUAAUGUCUCUGUAACUAUUAAUUUGAUGUUGCCUGUAACAAUAGUAAUUACUGUUUCAACUUUCCUUUUGUGGUGUUUCCCCUAAAUUUUGAGCUACUGUGUGACUGCAUUUGCUGACUUUGAGUCUACUCUUACCAGCAUGAAUCCAUAUCAUGAUAAAGUGAUGGUGUCAUUUUCACUCAGGCAGCCCAUCCAAACAUGCGGACCUAUUAUUUCUGCACCGAUACAGGAAAGGAAAUGGAGCUGUGGAUGAAGGCCAUGCUAGAUGCUGCCCUGGUGCAGACAGAACCUGUGAAAAGAAUUACCUUUAAUUUCCGAGUGGACAAGAUUACAACUGAGAGUGCAUCAACUAAAGAAACCAAUAGCAUUCCCAACCACAGAGUUCUCAUUAAACCAGAGGUCCAAAACAAUCAGAAAAAUAAGGAAAUUAGCAAGAUUGAAGAAAAAAGGGCCUUAGAAGCUGAAAGAUACGGAUUUCAGAAGGAUGGUCAAGACAGGCCAUUAACAAAAAUUAACAGUGUAAAGCUGAACUCCCUGCCAUUGGAAUAUGAAAGCGGGCCAGCCUGCCCACCCCAGAAUGUGCACUACAGACCCAUCAAUGUGAAUAGUUCAGAUGGCAAAACAGUGAAUGUCAGCUUGGCAGAUGGCCGGGGUGGAAGUCACCCAAAUGCAGGGCCUCUACCCACAGAAGCUGAUCGAGUCAUUCAGAGAACAAAUUCGAUGCAGCAGUUGGAGCAAUGGAUUAAAGUCCAGAAAGGACGGGGUCUUGAAGAAGAGCCCAGGGGAGUAAUUUCUUAUCAAACAUUGCCAAGAAAUAUGCCAAGCCACCGAGCCCAGGUUCUGGCCCGAUACCCUGAAGGUUACCGAACACUCCCAAGAAACAGCAAGACCAGACCUGAGAGUAUCUGCAGCGUGACCCCUUCUGGUCAUGAGAAGACAGGGCCUGGAGCAGAGGAGAAGCGGCGGUCCAUGAGGGAUGACACCAUGUGGCAGCUGUAUGAGUGGCAGCAGCGCCAGUUUUACCACAAGCAGAGCACCCUUCCUCGGCACAGCUGCGUGAGCAGCCCAAAGGCCAUGGUGAAUGUUUCUGACCAGACCAUGCACUCCAUCCCCACAUCACCUUCCCAUGGGUCAGCUGCUUACCAGGGCUUCUCCCCUCAACGGACAUACAGGUCAGAAGUGUCCUCACCGAUCCAGAGAGGAGAUGUGACGAUAGACCGCAGGCACAGGGCCCAUCACCCUAAGCAUGUCUAUGUACCUGACAGAAGGUCAAUGCCAGCUGGCUUACCAUUACCGGCUGUUAGCCAUCAGAGCCUCCAGGGCAGAACGCCAGAGGAGCUUACGCUGCUGCUAAUAAAGCUGAGACGGCAGCAAGCCGAGCUGAGUAGUAUCCGGGAGCAUACCUUAGCACAGCUCAUGCAGCUGAAGCUUGAGGCCCACAGCCCAAAGAAUGAAAUUCUUUCACAUCAUCUUCAAAGGAACACCAUAUAUUUGGAUCAUCAGAUGAAAGAAAAUGAACCUAUUAUCACCAUGGUUCACACAAUGAUUGAGAACUCGGCGCUAAGACCACAACUGUACCAACAAUUCUUAAGACAGAAGAACAAGAUAAGUCUCUAUUGUCUUUCACAAGAUGAAUGUAGAGGCACAUUAUACAAAUACAGACCUGAAGAAGUAGAUAUUGAUGCAAAAUUAAGCAGAUUGUGUGAACAGGAUAAAGUGGUCCGUGCUCUGGAGGAGAAGCUGCAGCAGCUCCACAAGGAGAAAUACACGCUUGAGCAAGCCUUGCUGUCAGCCAGCCAAGAGAUCGAGAUGAACGCAGAUAACCCAGCUGCCAUUCAAACUGUGGUGCUGCAGAGGGAUGACCUGCAGAACGGACUGCUGAGCACGUGUCGGGAGCUCUCGAGAGCCACUGCGGAGCUGGAACGAGCCUGGAGAGAAUAUGACAAGUUAGAAUAUGAUGUGACUGUUACCAGGAACCAGAUGCAAGAGCAGCUUGAUCGCCUGGGGGAAGUGCAGAGCGAGUCGGCAGGAAUUCAGCGGGCACAAAUUCAGAAAGAACUGUGGAGAAUUCAAGAUGUCAUGGAGGGGUUGAGCAAACACAAACAACAAAGAGGCUCUUCAGAAACAGUAGGUCUGGCAGGAUCAAAGCCUUUCUCAGCAGUUAAGUACAAAAGUGAGGAAGAGGAAGUAGUCCCACCUCGGCCUCCACUUCCUCGGUCUUAUGACUUUACAGAGCAGCCUCCCAUAAUCCCCCCUCUGCCCAGUGAUAGCAGCUCCUUGCUCUGUUAUAGCAGGGGCCCCGUGCAUCUGCCUGAAGAAAAGAAGAUUCUUCAAGUUCAAGGAUAUCCAAGAAAUGGAUCUCACUGUGGUCCGGACUACAGACUCUACAAGAGUGAGCCAGAGUUAACCACAGUGGCAGAAGUUGAUGAAUCUAACGGAGAAGAAAAGCCAGAGCCAGUUUCUGAGACGGAAGCUCCAACUGUUAAAGGUUCCCACUUCCCAGUUGGAGUUCCUCUGAGAACGAAGUCUCCCACGCCCGAGUCCUCGACCAUAGCUUCCUAUGUGACCUUGAGGAAGACUAAGAAGAUGGUGGAGCUAAGAACGGAAAGACCAAGAAGUGCAGUGGAACAGCUCUGUCUGGCUGAAAGUACUCGACCGAGGAUGACUGUGGAAGAGCAGAUGGAGCGAAUCAGGAGACACCAGCAGGCCUGCCUAAGGGAGAAGAAGAAGGGACUGAAUGUUGUUAGUGCUUCCGACCAGUCGCCCUCACAAAGCCCCUCGAAUGUGAGGGAUAAUCCUUUCAGGGUCACUCAGACUCUAAGAAGGGAUGAUAACGUUAAGGAGCUAGACACCAUCCACAGAGAAAAUGAUGUAAAGCCAGACCAUGAAACUCCAGCAGCAGAAACUGUUCACCUAGAAGAAGCUGAACCCCAGAAUGCAGCCAUCGGCAGAAAGCUUAGAAGAUCUGAAACUGUUUUUUAUGAAAUGCUUUUCACACCUGAGCCAAAUGGAAUGAAUUCUGAGGGAGUGAUGGAUAAAGAAAGGCAUAAAGAGCCGGUGCCUGAAGACGGUUCGUGCAGCCCGCAAGAAGAGGUGGCCGUGACGAACCACCAGGCCGAAGGCCCUCCUGAAGAAGCAGAGAGUCUUCACGAAGAGGAGGAAACUCUUGCUUCUUAUGAGCCAGCUCCUGAGAUUCCUAGAGAGAACCAAACCACAGUGAAAAGUCUGUUUCCGUCUCCUGAAUCCUCCGCAUCAGCAGACCCGCCCACCCCGCCACAGCUCACAGAGGGACCGCAUUUCAUGUGUGUGUAGUCUCAGAACUGCACUGACGUCUGUUGAGAGCACACAGAGCUGAAGCUGUGGACCCUCAGCAAUGUAAGAAGAUGUACAGUAUACCUUAAAUCUAUGAAAUUCAUAGUUCUGAUGCUUCUGACCACAGGGCAUCGUUUUAUCACCUUUGGAAAAUGUUUAUUCCAAAAUAGCUUUAAUGGCCCAUCUGUGCACUCCGUAGUCUAAAGGUCACCAUUCUCCACGGCUUGCUGCUAUGAGUUCAGAGCACAUCAGUCAAGGUGCUUUCUCCGUGCGCUCCAUCCAGAGCUUGCUUAGUUGCAGUUCCCAGAUUUGGAUGCUUAAUUCUAGGUGGAUUUAUGUUUCUUUUGCUUUUCAGUAAAGCUCUACUUCCCUGUGAAGCUUGUUUUCUUUCCUUCUUCUUUUUUUUUUUUUUUUGGCCCAUUUUGGCUACUGCAGUGCUUUGUUUGACACUUGAUUUGUAAAAAUUUUAUAUAAAUAUAUUUAAGAUGUGCCAUUUUAUUACUGCUAAGUGAAGUAUGUCCUGUUUUCUGCUAUAAUUCAUCCUCAGUCAGAUCGCACCAUCAGCAGUUACUGCCACACUCCGUCUGCUUCAACACAAAUGCUGUUGCUAGCUUUUCCUUAAAAAGCCAAACAAUUACACGCGUAGGUAUUUUGAAAUACUGGACAUUUACGUCAUUGGGAUAGAUGUGUACAGCAAUAGCAGGCUUUUAGGUCCAGUACUUGGUUUGUGUGCAGAUGCAAGUAUGUUCAUUGUGUAGAUAUUAUACAAUGAGCACAUGGGAUAAAGGCUGCUUGCUAGAGUUUAAUGCAAAUGUUCAUAUCCCAUUUCUUUUAUAUCAUGUUAAAUAAAUGUUGAUGUUCUUAAA